CCCGUCAUCAUCAGUUCAGAGAUAAACAGAGAGGUAGAGAGAGAGAGAGAGAGAGAGAGAGAGAGAGGGAGGGAGUGAAAAACCAAAAGAGGUAGGGGGAGAGAGAGAGAGAGAGAGAGAGAGAUAGAGAGAAACCUUAUCUCUCUGUGCUGCUAGGCAUGGAUAAUAUUACUUACAAUACAUAUAUGCAUAAUAAUAAGGGGAAGGGGAAGGGGAAGGGGAAGGGCAACAUUUAAUUUUGACCCCAUCCCAACAUAGAAACAGCAGAAAAUCUUCCCCAUUUCCGUCGAUUCUUCCAUUCAAUUCAUUGCCUGCUCUCUUUCGUUUCAACCCAACCCUCCCCAAUUACUGCAUCAUCGUCAACAUCUUCUUCUUCUUCUUCUUCUACUAGGUUUAGAUUUGAGAGUGCUGGUGAAUGAGUGAGUGAAGUGAUCGAUCAAUAGGAGAAUGAGUAAUCACUGUGUCCCGGAUUUCAAAAUGGAUGAUGAUUACUCAAUCCCGAGCACGGCCCGCCAGAAGAAAUCCACCAUGGGUGAGGACGAGAUCAUGGAGCUGCUGUGGCAGAACGGGCAGGUGGUUAUGCAGAGCCAGAGAUCCGGGAAGAAACCCUUGGCGUCGGGGUUCGCCGGCGAGCUGAUUUCCAUGGAUCAACAUCAAGGGGUACAGGAGCAGAGCUGUCAGCACAGCCACCGGCAGCAGCAGCAGCAGCCGCCGCCGCCGCCUCCGAACCUCUUCAUGCAGGAGGACGAGAUGGCCUCCUGGCUCCUCAACGACACCCCGUACGACUUCUGCUCCGAACUUCUCUACUCCUCAGCGUCCCCCAGCGUCAACCCCAACGCCGCCGCCGCCUCCACUGCGACCCCGACAACGACCGCCACUACCGCGACGGCGACUGGGGGCGCCGUACGUGCGCCUCAGGCGUCGGAGCAUCGGCAGUUCGUGCCGGCGCCGAGGCCGCCUAUACCGCCUAUACCGCCUAUACCACCUAUACCGCCUUCCAGGAAGCUGGAGAACUUCGGGCACCUCUCGCUGUUGAGCAGGCACAGGACGGAAGAAUCGGGACCGUCCCACUUGAAUCGCGCGGUGAACGAGUCGACGGUGGUGGACUCCAGCGACACGCCGGGCGCGCGCACCAGGUCGAGGGCGUCGGAGGCUUUUCCCUGCGAGGCGUCGCGCGGGACCGUCGGGGGAGGGGCUCUGGCGGCGGCGGCGGCCUCGUCCUCAGGGGGCGGAGGCGGCGAAGGGGAGGCAACUGCGUGCGAGGUGACGGUGACGUCAUCUCCAGGCGGAUCCAGCGCGAGCGCGGAGCCGCCAUCUCAGAAGCCGCCGCCACUACCGCCGCCAGAGGAUCGGAAGCGCAAGGCCAGGGAAGCUGACGAUGCCGAUUACCAAAGCGAGGAUGUUGAUCUUGAGUCUGCUGAGGCAAAGAAGCAAGCACGUGGUUCAUCAUCAGCAAAGAGAUCCCGUGCUGCAGAGGUCCACAACCUGUCGGAGAGGAGACGUCGAGAUAGGAUAAACGAAAAAAUGAGGGCUUUGCAGGAACUCAUACCGCAUUGUAACAAGGCUGACAAGGCGUCUAUGCUCGAUGAGGCCAUAGAGUAUUUGAAGUCUCUGCAGUUGCAAGUGCAGAUGAUGUCCAUGGGAUGUAGCAUGGUCCCGAUGAUGUUCCCUGGAGUUCCACAAUACAUGCCUCACAUGGGCAUGGGGAUCGGGAUGGGGAUGGGCAUAAACCGACCCAUGAUGCCCUUCCCCAAUGUCUUAGCUGGUUCUCCGCUGUCAGCACCUGGUGCUACAGCCCACCUAGGCCCGAGGUUCCCUAUGCCCGCCUUCCACAUGCAACAUGUUGACCCAUCGAGGGGUGGCGUUGGACUGAGCCAGCAGACGGAUCCCAUGCUGAGCUCCCUCAUGAUGCAAAACCAAAACCAAUCUCGGAUUCCCAACUUUGUGGAUCCUUACCAGCAGUACCUCAGCCUCCAGCAUAUGCAGUUGCAACCUCAACAGAACCACAAUCAAGCUGCCCAGCAGCAAGGUACAAGCAAGCCUAGUACCAGCAAGGGAGCUGAGAAUCUUGAAAGCCCGAAAUCAGGUUGAUGUUCUGUAUAGUUGAACUUCAUGGGCCCCGUUGCCGCAUAAUUUUGUAGCCUACAAGAGAUUAGAGCAUACCGGACGCCGGAGAGCUGUUUGCUUCUCCUGCCUAUAGCAUUAACACAGCUAACAUGUAAUUAUUGUACACGCCUAGUAGAAGAGAAUGAGAUGUAGUCUUAUUCCAGCAUUUGCUUGAACAUCGGAACGUGGCAACUAAGCUGAAAGGAAGGCUCGUGGAUUCUCAGUUUGAUAUCCACGGGCAGCUUGGGGUGAUGCUCGCGGAAAUGAAGCAGCAGCUGCAGAUAUCUCGUUAUAGGAGAGGCAAGUUCUGAUCUGACGACCCACCUAUAACCUCAGAAAGCUUGCGAUCGAUGAAAUGCUCUUUAUCAGUUUAGAUAUUCAAUUCUUCGGUUGAUUGAUUACUCAUACUCGUUUCUGACCUACAAAUCAAUAAGCUCGAGACAAAAUGCUUUUUAUCGUUUCUUGAGUUAGAGGUGUUCCUCAUCGAUAAUGGUUCAAUGAUCUUUCAAA